AUGUCAAUCCUCAUCGCUAUAUGUUUAGGACUCGGAAAUCGAAGCGAAGGCGAGUCGGCAUUUGAUGGCAUGUCUUCCAAUGUUUUACAUGACCAGAUGUUCCUAGAAGUGAUAUGCACUCCUAGUUCAUUGUUCCAGCUGUCCGCUUACUCUGUGUUCAAUCCACACUGUGAACGAUUACUUGGACAAAUGACUGCCGAGCAUUUUGAAAGGGAUGUGCUGAGGAGGAGGAUCGAUUAG